GUGACCGUCAACAGUUUCGACGCGUUUUGUAAUUACAUAGGAAAAAUUGUGCUUUUAAUUGCAAGAACUUGUCGCUUCGUUAGAUAAGCAGAGUCAAACUCCAAAUUGAUUAUUCGACAAAAAACCGCAUUUACUAAUAAGCGAAAAUCGACUAUCGAGCGAGCGUUAGUCGCGUAAAGUUUUAAAAAGAUAAUGGAUAUCAUAACAGCCAUCGAUUGGUCGCAGAGAUGCCUGCGAUUGCUGAGGACGUGCUUGAGGACGUUUAGCGCCGAAAGACCGGCUACUACUCUAGCUCUGGUAAUCAGUUUUUGCGUUACAGUACUGCCCUUUGUAACGGCUACUGCUUUAAUGCCUUUGACGAUUCUACUGGAUAUAGGAAACGCUUUAUCUACCAAAGGUUUUUUCUACGUCGUUUAUAUGCUAGUUUUCCAACUAUCCAUUUUGGCUGUGAUAAUAUUCGUUUUGUUCAUACUGGCUUUCGCAAUUGCAACAAGUGCGACCGUGAUACACAGGCUAAAAAUAUUCUCGAAAUAGAUUUGUUUAUGUACUUGCCAAUUAGCUAGGUAAUUUUAAUUGCGACGAAUUUGAAAUGAAUUACCAUUUAAUGUAUUUUAUAAAUCAGAUUUUAAUA